AGCGCACUACCGAGCCACAGCUAGAUAUGCCCGAUAUACCAGAUGAAGCGGUGGCAGCAUCGUGGCGAGGUCGAGGACUCCGAAGACGAUGAAGACCUCGCCGCUCUGAGCACCAGUCCAAGUCCAGAACGGCCACACAAACGCGCCAGAGCCGACAAGAGCAUCGAGCACACUGUGAAUAAUGGCCACGAGGUGGAGGCACGCCCGAGACCCAUGUUGGCCGAAGAGGAUGAGGAUGAGAUUGCCUGGCGUCCAGCGCCGGUGGCGGCUACUUAUGGGAGGAAGGGAAAGCUGACACGACCCACGAAAAAGCCACGGCCAUCAGAAGUGGAGGCAUUCGCAGGAAGGCGUCUUCGAAGCUCGUUGCCAGCCAGCAUCCAUGCCGCCGAAGAACGCGCUGUGCUGGCCAAAAUCGCUUCGAUAUCAAACCCUCCUGCGCGUGCCGAGGCCGCAACCACAACACGCGAACAUGACACUGCGCUACAUGCCGCAAGGGCAAGCAGCGCUGGUGCUCCAGAUAUGCCGAGCCCCUUCGUUACUAGGCCCGAGGCUGCAGUGGAUCCAUCUACAUUGGACACGGCAUCAAGUUCUUCGAAAACGCCCCUCGAUCUACCACCCUCGACACCUUCGCUACAUGAAAUUGCCAUCAACACGAGCCUAACCUCCACUCUUGUUAGUGAUGAUGAGAAUUGUUCAAAGGUACGGGACGAGUUCGCCGCUGUGAGUCGAAGAGCUUCCUCUACUGCAUCUUCCUCGCUACUCAGUGAACGUGACGUCUCGCCGCCUGCGUACUUCGAGACGCGAGACUCCGCAGCACUCACGCGCAGACCCACUGCAGACACAGAGCAGCUGAAUGAUGACUCCGUGAUCCGCGAGAAGGUGAUGGUCCUGGGUCCAUCUACAAGUCACCGAAGUCUACGCGCCCGCAAGGAGAUUCAGUUGCAUCCGUACCUGAUCGAUAAAGCGAAAUACCAGAAACAAUGCAAGGAGCGUGGAAUCAAGCCACCUGUGUCACUUCGACUGCAACGCGAACAGAAGCGUAUCAGAGGCGUGUUGCCGGCCUCCUGGCUGAAAAUCGACUUCCGUGCACAAAACCCGCCAAAGUCUCCUGGCCAAGCGGCUAGACGUCGGCUGAGCGACGUCCCUUCAAAAAGAUGUACUUCGCAGCGAGGAGUUGCGAAGAGAGUGGCAAGAAAUCGGAAGAGCAGUGUUGGUGCUCAUGACACGGCUCCGAUGUCUGAGGAUGAUGCCGAGUCGGACGUUUCAGUGCGACAUUCGCGAACUUGGUCACCACCGUUGUGUUUGAGCCCUGCUGCCAAUCGCCUCGCCCUUGCCCCUAGCGAGACCGUCGAUGAUGAUAGUAUGGAGCAUGACUCUGUGGACGCAAUGCUGGCUGGUCGUCGUUUUCGGCCGAGAUCGAGCAAGCCUAGCAUGCGUCAGCCACGCAUUACUGACAAGCUUCUCAAAACUACGAGCCAGAUUGACUCUGCCCUGAGUGACCGAAAGGUCCGUCAGCAAAGUGGCCGAGACCCGAGAAGAUCUCAGGAGCGGCAGGCGAGGCGUGCGAGGGGUCCGCGUCGCACUGUCCCCAGGAUGAGUAUAGUUGAUGCCAACAAUUCACCGUCGAUAUCCACUGCGGCUGUGCCCCCCUUUGUUCGCCUUGCAUUGCGACAAGCCCGCCAUCUGCCGGAUGAGGGACGGCAUUCACCGUCUCGAAAGUUCAUUCGUCUCCAUACCGCUGAUGAGACUCGCGAAGCGACAUCAACUCUGAAUUCGUGGCGUGCUGGCACUCUAGCGGUCCAGCGAAAGCAGAGAGAACCGCGACGCUCGACCCAAUUUCAACCUCAUGAAGCAGUACCUGCUUUUGGAUCUGUUACCGACGACAGAGCCACUUCUGACUCCAAUCUUCACCAAGGCUUGGAAGAUGCCACGAAGACGCCGGCCAGCAGGGGGGAAGCUUUGAAUGUCCCACAGUUUGAGCAAAAGCGCGUACUCAACUAUGCUAGCAUCCGACGAGCAGGACGCCAUCACGAAACCUCAGAAUCAGGCGGCCCACGUGUCGCACAGGUCGAGUCUCUGCAGCGAGAAUUUGAUGAGGGUCGCAGGGCACUUGUGUUCAAGCAUCGGAUGCAGUGCCUGACCGAGAGUGUCACGGAACGCGGUCGUCAUGCUCAGCCGUCUGAUUUCCAGCUCGCAAGAUACUUCCAUCGAGGACGUUCGGAAGCUGGGGACGACCAUGUGACCCCAAUUCGAUCCGAGGCCGCUUCCGGCGCGUCUGCAGCAAGGGCGAUACUCUCGGGAAACGGACAGGUCUUGCCACACAGGCCGCGAAAGCGACGAGCUAACAGACUUGAUCUUGCAUCACUUCAGCACUGGCAGGAAAACGAGAUCAGUUUGGGACCUUCCGAUGAUGAUGUUGACAUCCAACCAUUGACCGACAUAUCAAAACCUGUACUGCUAGGAUUGGGCGCUUUCGGUGGGCACUAUGCUGUUGAUUUCGACGUGAAGCCAUUGCCACCAGGAAACUACUUUCGUCCAGACGGCUUCAUUGGCAGCGGUGACUUUCAUGAUGCUAUCAAUAUAGCAUCUCACGGCCUUUAUGCUCCGCGUGGCCAGAUGAACGUGCACAUUGGUAGCGAUAUGACAGCAUGGGCAGCCUGGAACGAAGAUGUGGCUGCUGACUUUCGUCGUAUCCCUGUAUUCAUCGCAAGUGUCUUGCAAGAUCUACAGAAGCACAGAGCUUCGGAUCAGGACAGCUGCUUCGCUGCGUCCAGUCGGCAGAAUAUCGAGUACCUUCUGCGCUCCACGGUCCGCUACUGUUCCAACUGCCUAUUUUUCGUGGACCCAGUCGAUCGCCAAGCAUGCGUCGAUGGCCUAGCACGGUUUAUUAUGGACUUGGAAGAAGUGGUCAACGAAAGGAGUGCAGCUGGUAAGAUGGAUGCGAGCAUGUCAUCAUCAAUACUGCAGUUCCAGCUCGUUCUAGCUUACCAGGCAAUUCAACUCAGCAACCACCGGAUUGUAUCUACGGGAAGUACGCAGGAGCUUGAACAUACGCUACUGAGGUUGGCAAAUAGCCUUCGCCAAUUCGCCCUCACGGGCUCACUUCAGACACUACGCGACUGGUAUAGAGAUGUGCAAUCGAGCUGUUUGCAAGGAACCGCUGCAGAUUGCUCGGCCGCAGCCACACUCGUGAUAUUAAAUCACAUUGGACGAGGCUAUAGACCCCUCAAGACCUUGUUGACCACUGCAAAUGCGAGUUUGAACACCGACAUAACCGUCAUGUGCAACGUCGACGAGAUGGAUAGGGUAUGGCAAUAUGUGUUCUCGAUCCUUCCAGCACUGCGAAUAGAUGCGAGAGGAUGCGUCGAAGAUGAUGCUCGCUCUUCUCGAGUCGGGCUUGAAGAGGAUUGGACCAUGGUUAGGGCCUUGAUGAAUCGCACAUUCGAGCUGUACGAGAAUACUAGCCGUGUCCGUGGCUUCACAGUCAACGCAUACCUGCGCACGUUGCUGCAUCGUUGCUACAGGCUGAUAAGCAUAUGGCACUGGACAAGGUGCGAUCCACUACUUUACACUGUAUACGACUUUUUCUCGAAGCAAAGCCGAAUGCUCUUGAACAAUGAAGAGACCCAUGGCUCAUUCACUGUAUUGGAAGAUCUCAGCACUCGGCCGCUCCUGGAUGUUCUUCCCUGCGACUUGUCAUUUCACAUUUUCCUGAAGAUGCUCGCCACGGCGCUGACAGCGAUGCGCGAAUCGGGAGUUUACCCCGAUCGCAAGAUUGGCGCCAGCAUCGCAUAUCGCAUGAUACCAACCCAUGGGCGCACGUAUCCGAAGGAGAAGGAUAUGCAGCAGGACGAUGUGGAUGCUCUUCGUAAUCACCAUGAUCUGCUCUGCACACUGUAUUAUGCAUCGCCACCCGGCUACCGGCCAGGAGUCGUCAUACUCCGGAAUCUUGUUGACCAUGCCAACUGGCAUCGAAAAGCAUGUCAAAUCAAUGUCAAGGCGUGGACAAUGCUCACCAUCUUUCAGUCUUCCACCUAUGAGCCGGUCAGUGAGCUGCAGCCACUUGCGGCAUGGUUUUGCGACAUGCUCCGGUCGACUACCACCCAAUACCGUCUCGCAAGGUCAGAAGCAGAGCACGACUUUCACCGUGCCAGAGGCGUCGGUGCGGACAUCACAGAAAGCUUCCUGCAUGCGACAAUUGCCAACAAUCAAGUACAGAUUGCAUCAACGCUUGUUGAUGCUCUGGCGGGCCUCAAGAGAGCCUUUGCGGUGGCGACCAGUAUUGCUGGACUGCAAGCCCUGGUGCAGCCCACCGGCUUCUGGAGUGUACUCGAGCUUUUCGACCCUUCGCAGCGCCGCCUCCUUGGUGCAACCAGUGAAGCCUUGUACGCCGUCCAAGCUGCACUGGAGGCAGAAGGUCGCCUUCGCAGACACGCGGAAAGUCAGAUCAGCAGUACUGAUAGCCAGGAGUUCGGUGACUUUAGCGCACUCGAAGAGCUCGAUGCGCCAGACGAUGGUUACAGACGGCCAACUCCGACGAUUGCAAAUACCCUCCUAGCACCGAUGAGCUCAUUUCUAUCUAACAUUCUCGGAGCAGACUCUAUGCCGGAUGAUUCCCUCCUUGAGAGCAGUGUCAGUAUAUGGGUACGCCUGGCACGGGACCUGGUCGACGAUCAACAAAGAACCUGGCUAAGCUAUGUCGACGACUACUCGCCGAACAGCUGGAUGCAGAUGCGUGAUACUAGGCAAAAGCGAAUGUUCACGCCAUUCUAUAUGUCUCGCGUUGUGGAGCAGCCAAAUAUCAACGAACAAGUACGGCAAAGAAUCCUAUCCAGCUGGCUCAUGUCGUUGGUCGAGCGAGAGGCCAUGCUGAGAUUUCAGCACGUCCUGACCAGCGCGCUCCUGCAUCAUCUCGAAGAGGAGCCGUUGCUGGAAAACCUGCCAUUCGCCAAGGAUGUGAAGUCUGGACGAUACAUAAUCUCGCUCCAUGAAUUUCGGCAGCGUAGGCUCUCAUUGAUUUCAUCGGUACUCAGCAACAUGCGUCAGAACCUGGCACAUCUGAGGCAUUCGGCCCCCUCCCAAUUCGCCGAGAUCAAAAACGCAUAUGCAGAAAUCCUCCGCCAGCUCAUGCAAACCAUGAAGAGUAAUUAUCAGGAGCUGCAAUCAUAUCAGAGCAUUGAUGUCGCGGACAAGAAUGUUCAAGGUGCGUACGUCGAAUUCGUGCAGCACGUUGUUUCCUACCUACAGCAGCAUACAGCCGACUUCUGCCAGGUCGAUAAAUUCUUCACAGACUCUAGUGCGUUUCCACUGCCGGCGACAGACCCUACAUACGUUGUCGGCAAGCUCAAGGGCUGCGCUCUCAAACUUACUGAAUCGGGACCACGAACGGAAUUGGCCGUCUUCAUCCAAACGGUCAGCGAACGUGCUGCAGUCGACGGGCAACAGCAAUACCUCGCCAAUCAACUGGUUACAGCCAUGUGCGGAGACCCUGAAAUGGGGAGUAGCGGAGCACCGAUACUUCGCCUUGUGUUAUUGACGACAAUUAUACCAGCAUAUAUCAACAGUGCAUUAGGCUCAGCAUGUGGGUGGAUCAUAGCACUUCCGCUGCUCCACGCUUGUGAAGUGGUUGCCAAGGAGAUCUUGUACGAUGUCCAAGUCCAAGAUGCGGCUACUGCGGCGGCAACAGCGGGAACGUUGACCACUGUCUUGAGAAGCAUCAGCGGCCAGUGCGACAAAGCAUUGGCGUGGCCCGCGGUGUCCAGUAAGCCCGCAUCUUUGCGCCUUCUUGGCACCAUGUUCAGUGUGUCCAGAGCCUCCCUGACCUCCGCAACCUGCAUUCAACGCCACCAUGUGGCUGGCGAUGAGUUACUCAGCUGCAUGCGAGACCUGUACGCUCAGUGUAACAAGCUAGAAGGGCUGCUCAAUGAUUCAAUGCCGGUUGAUACCUUGGGCGCAUGUCCAUGGCCAGACACAAGAGACUUUGCAGAGAAGCUCGUACGAGACUCGAUGAAUCAUUGGUAUAUUGCAGAUGGCAGAUACUAUGUACGGAGGGGAAACACCUCGAAAGAAGUCCCAGUGCAGCUUGGCAGUGUUGCGCAAGAAAGAGGCAGGUUGCUGCAAGUCCUCACUUGCUUCCGUACAGCAUACAGAGCGUGCUUUGAUCCAAGAAGAAGAAUACGGCAGCAGGAUGAAUACUGUCAUUACUGUGACAUGUCCAACCUGGUUAUAUAAUAAUAAUAAGGUCUUUGAU